GACUUGAUGGCCACUUCCAACGUGAAACCAAAGUUUGUCUUCGUGCCUGGGGCAUGGCACACUCCAGAUACCUUCGACAUUAUCCGUGAUGUGUUGGCCAAGCGGGGGUUCGAGUCAGAGGCUAUUGCUAAUCGAUCUGUAGGAGCGGCUGAUCCCUCGACCGGCCUACACGCAGAUACUGCAUAUACCAAGAGUAUUCUAUCAAACUUAGCGGAUCAGGGAUGGCAGAUAGUGAUGGCUGGCUUGCCUGGUGGUGUCGUUCAGAUGGUCUGGAUGGCUGCCUUUGUUGCCCCAAUGGGCAAAUCUGUCAUCGAUAUGCUUGGAGGAGAGUGGCUCCCUUGGAUGAUACUAAAGGACCCCGACGAUGGAUAUUGUUACUCCUCUCAGCAGGAGUGUGUCUUCUACCAUGAUCUGACGCCCCAAGCACAGCAGGAUGCCAUCUCCAAGCUGCAGCCGCACCCAAAGCCCUCAUUUCUGGAGAAGGCCAAGUACGAGCCAUGGCACAAGAUGCCGUCGUUCUACCUCUUCUGUGACCAUGACAAGGGUUUGCCACUACGCAGUCAAGAAGCCUUUUCCCAGACCUUAGGCACUCCAGGGACUUACCAUGUGGAGGGAUCACAUUCGGCAUUUAUCAGCGUCCCACAUCAGGUGGCGGAUGGGCUAGAGCUUGCUUUGAAGGAGGGCCUUGAGAAGAGUGGUAUUGUUACUCAUUGA